CCACGUUUCAAUGAGCGAUGAACAUGACAUUUCAGAACUUCGUCAACAAGACGCGGCUAACGCAGGGAAUGGUCAACUUCUGAGUGAUCGUGUACAUGGACGAUAUCCUCGUCUACUCAGAGACCUAUCACGGGCAUGCACAACACAUCGAAUGGACGUUGGGAGCGCUGAGGAACCCUGGGUUCAAGAUUGCACUCGAGAAGAGCGAGUUUUUCCUCUUGGAAAUUUCGUUCUUAGGCUACGUCGUAACACGUGGAGGACUGCAGCCGGACUCAAGGAAAGUUGCAGCGGUAAGAGAAGCCCCAGUUCCCACGUCGCUGACACAGGUUCAAGCCUUUUUGGGGUUGGCAUCGUACUAUCGCCGCUUCAUCAAGGGUUUCGCCGUGAUUGCACGACCACUAACGAACCUGCUACGGAAGGACCAGCCUCUCAGUUGGGACGCGGAGUGCCAACAGGCUUUCGCGACCCUCAAGGACGCUCUGGCGACGGCCCCUAUUUUGAUUCGGCCGGACCCCUCCAAACAGUUCAUUCUUAUCACAGACUGGCAACCGGAAGCUAUCUCCGCUAUUUUAGCGCAGAAGGGGAACGAUAGUCGCGAACAUGUCAUCGAGUACGUGUCGCAAACGGUGUCAGACGAGCGGAGGAAUGACUCGGCACCCCAAGGCGAAUGCUAUGCAGUAGUCUGGGGAAUCCAACACUUCCAUCCGUAUCUCUAUGGACAGAAGUUCCGCCUCGUGACGGAUCACGAACCUCUGCUGGCCUUGAAGAAGCUCACUAACUACACGGGCAUGAUUGGACGUUGGGCGGUACGGCUACAGGAAUACGACUUCGACAUCCGAGUCAUCCACCGAAAGACAGAAAGGCACGGCAACGCGGACGGACUGACACAGUCACGUGGACGCAGCAUGGAGAUCACCGCCAGUGGGCCGAGUACCUCGAGCUGCUUAUCAUCCAGGUGUGGCGAACGGAAAUCGAAGGCGAUCUGCUCGGAUUCCUCUUUGGAUCUGUGCGGACCGAUCACCGCCAAUCCGAUUGCGCACGAGUUAACGAUCCCCCUCGCACAGCUGGCAGACAAUCUCCCACUCGAGAUCGUCUCGCAGAGCGAUGAAAGCCCGGUCCCACACGUUCUUGCGCGGACCUUGGAGCCAUAUCUCCAAUGGUCGGCGUGCUUGGAGGAACUGGGGAGCCACCGCAACCCGCCAUCACAGCGCGGUUACCUGGACCCACACGAGAUAGUUGACCUCGCCUUCUUCCAAGAUCGAACGGCUUCCGAAAACGAAGAGAUAGAGAUUGAAGCGGAAGAAGAAAGCUCGGAGGAAGAAGAGGAGGUCGAAGAAGAGGCCGACGAGGAAGAAACUCCCGAGGAAAGGAGCUACAGUGAGCAUAGCGAGGGCAAGCAGAGUGAAGAGGAGGUCGAAGAAGAAGACGACGACGAAGAGGAAGAAGACCAGGAGGAGUUACCAGAGUCGGAGUACGAAGGACUCGAGGAGGAGUUGCGCGACGAGGCUCGGGAGCAGGCCCAGGCACAGAAGAGGGAAAAGAUCGCGGCCGGGAAGCGACAAUUGGAAUUCGCCAGCGCGGCAGGCCAGCCGCUCACCGACGAUCCGGCCCAGGACCCAGAGCCGCCUAGGCCCGAGGAUGGAAAGACAGUUGGCGAGACUUCAGCCGCACCAGCAAGGCGGCGACGGAGCAGAUCACCCUCCCCCUCCGCCACCGACCGCCCAUCAGCUCGCCCACGUACCAAUGCGGGGCAUCGGGCUUCGUCCCCGGUCCUUAUCCCGCCGUCCCCUUGAUCACCUCUCCUUCCGCCAGAUCACCACCCCCAUCACCUUCCCCGCCAAUCCUUUCCCCAUCGAUACCUUCCACUUCU